UGCCCGCUCUGCGCAGCCGCGUGCACCUGCCAGGACCCGCCUGUCCCAUAAGCCCGUGCGCGCGCGGCCGGCCCUCUCUCGGCGGGUGCAGCCGCCAUCGGGCACCGACACCAUGCCUGCCCUCCGGCCCCUCGUGAAGCCCAACAUCGUGAAGAAGAGGACCAAGAAGUUCAUCCGCCACCAGUCUGACCGCUAUGUCAAGAUCAAGCGCAACUGGCGCAAGCCCAGGGGCAUCGACAACCGCGUCCGCCGGCGCUUCAAGGGGCAGAUCCUGAUGCCCAACAUCGGCUACGGCAGCAGCAGGAAGACAAAGCACAUGCUGCCCACGGGCUUCAGGAAGUUCCUGGUCCACAACGUCAAAGAGCUGGAGGUGCUCAUGAUGAGCAACAAGUCCUUCUGUGCAGAGAUCGCUCACAACGUCUCCUCCAAGAACAGGAAGGUGAUCGUGGAGAGAGCUGCCCAGCUGGCCAUCAAGAUCACCAACCCCAACGCCAGACUGCGCAGCGAGGAGAACGAGUAAACCAGCCUCUGCAUCCCAGAUGUAUUUAAUAAAGUGUAAAAAACAA